AUGGAGGGAAAAGAGUCUUUGGGUCAUUACAAAGUUGGGUCUUUGCCAACUUUAUUUUACAUUCCUGACUUCAUCACGGACAGUGACCAAAGCCUUCUUCUCAAUAAUAUUUAUGAAGCCCCUGCAUCAAAGUGGAAGAUGUUGAAGAAUAGAAGGCUACAGAAUUGGGGUGGUGUUGUCCACGAGAAGGGCCUUCUACCUCAAGUUUUGCCUCCAUGGCUAACAAAUCUCACACAAAAAAUAUAUGACGACUGUGGGCUAUUCCCAUCAUCAAUGAACCAUGUUCUUAUCAAUGAAUACCUACCUAAUCAAGGCAUAAUGCCACAUCAGGAUGGACCUGCCUAUUUUCCAGUAGUAGCUAUUCUAUCACUUGGAUCUCCUGUUGUCAUGGACUUCACUCCCCAUGCAAGAUUCAAACUGGAUUCCCAAAAUGAUAUUGACCAAAACUCUGAUUUUGAGAUUGGGAAAGAUAAGUGGCUUGAUGAUCACCAUCCUUUCUCUGUUUUAUUGAUGCCACGCAGUUUACUUAUAUUCAAGGACAAAGCAUACUCAGAUUACUUACAUGGUAUAAAAGAUUGUGCGGUACAUUGCUACGAAUGGGCCGUAAAUGAAACUCAAGCUUUGAAACACAAGGAAUCAGAUGAAGACUUGUUUAGCUUAGAGAAUGCAUUGGAAACAAUAGGAAAGGAAGAGUAUAAGAAUAUAUCAAGAACAUCCAAUAGAGUUUCAUUGACUUGUCGAUUGAUAUCUAAUGUUGUGUGGAAUGAGAUGAAUUUAGAUGGAAUAGAGGCGAAGCGGUGGAAGAGGGUUGGAGGAGAGGAGAAUCGUGAUUUGGGAAUGCAAAGGAUGCCUUUGAAGGAAAUAAAAAUUGAGAUAGCGGCUGAUCACAUAGGAAUAUCCAGUACUCUGUCAGAUUUCAUGCCUGCCAUGAAAAAGAAUUCUGAGCAGACUCGCAUUGGAUCUGUAUUCAACAAGUUGGUGAAGGAGCUUGGAGAACCUGUUGACUUUGAACUUCCAGAUUGGUUUAAUAAAUCAAAGCCAAUGCAGUACACCUAUAUAAAGCGCAAUAUAUAUCUCACUAAGAAGGUCAAGAGAUCCAGAUUUGAUGAUGAUGGCAUAUUUUGUUCCUGUACUCCUUCCCCUGGAUCUACUAGUGUAUGUGGUAGAGAUUGCCACUGUGGGAUGCUUCUGUCUAGCUGUUCAUCAGGCUGUAAAUGUGGGAGCUCUUGUCUUAACAAACCAUUUCAGAAUCGCCCCGUAAAAAAGAUGAAAUUGGUUAAGACUGAGAAAUGUGGUUCUGGAAUUGUUGCUGACGAAGAUAUCAUGCUUGGGGAGUUUGUCAUAGAAUAUGUUGGAGAAGUCAUUGAUGACAAAACAUGUGAGGAAAGGCUUUGGAACAUGAAACAUCGUGGGGAAACUAACUUCUACUUAUGUGAAAUCAAUCGAGAUAUGGUGAUAGAUGCAACAUAUAAAGGAAACAAAUCGAGAUACAUCAAUCAUAGUUGCUGCCCCAAUACUGAGAUGCAGAAAUGGAUAAUUGAUGGUGAAACAAGAAUUGGCAUAUUUGCAACUCGCGACAUAGAAAAGGGCGAGCAUCUGACUUAUGAUUACCAGUUUGUUCAAUUUGGUGCAGAUCAAGAUUGUCACUGUGGUGCUGCUGAGUGUAGGCGUAAGCUGGGUGUCCGACCCACCAAGCCUAAGAUCUCUUCAGAUGCUGCAUUAAAAUUAGUCGCAUACCAGGUUUAUCAGAAUGGAGGUUUGCAAAUUGGAAGUUCUCGUGUUGACCACCGAAAAUGCUUACACAAUUGCAUUGGUGAAGUUAUUAGGAUAAAGCACCUUGAAACUGAGAGGUUUGGAGUCAUUAAACGGUUUGAUAAAUAUUCUCGAAAACAUUCAAUCAUGUUUGAAGAUGGUUGUGUUGAAAUUUAUGACAUGUCAAAAGAGGACUGGGAACUUGUGCAGGUGAAAGGAAUUGAAAAACUGAAAAUUGCAGCAUUAUUCUUUCAUUGCAUGUGCAUAAUUCUUGUAGUUGACGAGGCACUGAUCAAACAGAAUAUGAAGCAGGAUAAUAUAUGGACACACAAGUCUUACUGA